GGGUCGAGUCCUUGCUUCCUUCCUUGUAUAUAGCUAACCUCUAGGCAGCGACCGUCGCCAGGCAGCCGUGCCGGGGCUUGCCUCUCUUUAACUUAGCGAAUCUCAGGUUCACGUUCCUCCUCCAUCUUCCUCAGUUUUCCAUCCUGGAGCUCUCUUACGCCCUGACUGGUCUGGCUCCUAUGGUCUCCUGGCUCCCAAGGUCUCCUGCUCCUAACUGGAAGUAUGUUCUUUGCGCUGUGCUGUCUGCGGCGUGCGACCAAAGCGGUGUUGACCGGCAGUUGAAAAUAGAAGCGAUUUCGCAAAGUGCCCUGGAAUCGCGUUUUCUAGCCAAUUCAGCGAUUCCAGCGAACUGCCCUAGCAAGUCGACCCCCUAGAGUCCAG